AUGUCGAAUAUAAAAGUUAUAUUCCAGAAACUCCCUGCUUCUGAGCAAGAAUUUCAAGAAAAAUUGAAGGUUUUAUCUAAGGCAGAAAAUGACGUAUCGACCGGUCUUUAUGAACUCCAGCAGUUCAAAAUGAAGAAGGCCGCAAUCGGUCCCCGUCAUUUCGCUUUUCUCACCGAAGACGGCCAAAUUUGCAGAGUCGGCUUCCAUGCCAGCCCGCGAGUGUUGGAAAAGAAAGAAAAAGUUCCAGAUAAGGACUCAUCAUUAAUGAAAGAAGGAUCGAGCAAGUCGGGCACAUACUCGGGCCUGAUGAGCACGGAUAUUGCGAAAGACAUCAGACUAGCGCUUCAAUCUCGUUCUCAUCGAGGAAGAAUGCAUCAAAGUUAUCAUCGCCGUCCUCCAGGAAUCGGUGGGCGGCCGGUUGAUGAAUCAAUGCAAGUGCCAGAAGACCACAUCAAGCGAUGCGAAGAUGUCCUCCUGGCACUCCACGAGACACAAUCCGCAAAGAGCUGCAAAUGA